CUCCGACUUGGCGACCUUUCGAAAAACAAAACAGAACUGACCCCCGAGGAAGACCAUGACGACGUGCAGUCAAGCCAUCAAGGCGUGGGAGGCAAAGGAGAACGCAUCGUCGGAGGAAGCCGCGGUAAUCAAGCUGUACUGCCAGAUCCCGCCGAUUGCCAAGCUCGACAACUCGUUGAACACGCUCAAAAAUUGCGAGCACCUUUCCCUGUCGACAAACUGCAUUGACAGAUUAAUCCCGUUGUCUGGCAUGAAGAAACUGCGCAUCCUGUCGCUGGGCCGCAACCAAAUCAAGAAAAUCGAAAAGCUCGACGACGUGUCCGACUCGCUGGAAGAACUAUGGCUCUCGUACAACACCAUCACGUCCCUCGACGGGCUCUCGGGCCUCGCCAACCUCACAACGUUGUACCUGUCCAACAACCAAAUAAAAAACUGGGACGAACUCGACAAACUGUCGAAUCUGCCCAAGCUCCGCGACGUACUGUUCACAGGAAACCCCAUUUACGAAGGACUGUCCAAGGAAGAAGCGCGGUUGAACGUGCUCAAGCGCAUUCGCAAUGUCAUGAAGAUUGACGGCGAUAUGGUUAAGCAAACCGAGCGCGAUGCGGUCACAGGGCAAUAACGUGUACACAAACAUUCCCACCUCCAACUACUACCCUUGAAGUACUACUAGUAAUAGUAGAGCAGCAUGUACUAGUAGUAUUACUAGUUCCGUGUUGUUCUAUUUUGUCUUGUGACCUUCCAAAAACUUGAGGAUGUAGCUAAAGUCCUUUUGGCCGUCGCCUUGGUUUACGACCAUGUUGUACAGCUGAUGGACGGCCGACGUGAGCGGUACGGACGCUUCCGUUGACUUGGCGGCAUCCAACGCCAGCCCCAAGUCCUUACGCAUCAGCACCGACGCAAACCCGCCCUUGUACCCGUUGCUCGAUGGCACGUUCUCCAAGAUGCCUGGGUACGGGUUGUACAGCGUCGACGACCAGCAUUGCGCGCUCGACGUGUUCAAGAUCCUACCCAUCGUCAUUAGAUACUCUCGUAUGUAUUCGUUCUUACCCGGCGAGGACUUUGGGGUUGAUGCCAAGCUUGUCGCCGAGCGUCAUGGCUUCCGCGACGGCCACCAUUUCAAUCGCCAGCGCCAGGUUGUUGCAGAUCUUGGCGGCUUGGCCCGUGGCUACAUGACGAAGGGGAUGAGAUGGAGAUGACGAGAGAAUCCGUUAGACGUACACACUCCGCCGCAAUGCACGAUGUUCUUGCCCAUUUGCUUCAACACGGGGUUCGCCUUCGCAAACGCAUCGUCCGACCCGCCGACCAUGAAGGUAAGUGAGGCGUUCUUGGCGCCGUUCACACCGCCAGACACGGGCGCGUCCACCAAGGUGGCGCCGACUUCUUUCACCAAGCGAGCGGCCAGGGUCUUGGUGAAACCAGGGUCGAUCGUGCUGGAAUCGAUCAGGAAAUGCGACUUGGUCAACGCAUGGAUCAAACCAUCCUUGCCGAGGUACACCUGUUCCACAUGCGGCGUCGAAGGCAACAUGGUCACGACAGUCGUAGCUUGAGCGGCAACCUCGCGAGGGGACGACACGACUUCGACCUUGCCGUGGGGGGUGACCGCGUCGAUGUUGGCUUGGACCACGUCGAACACGACCACAUGGUUGCCGGCCUUGGCGAGGUUGAUCGCCAUGUUGCCGCCCAUCUGGCCAAGACCGAUAAACCCAAUUGUCUGUCCCGUCGUCGUGCUCAUGGAGCGUGCUACACCCACCGACGCAUGGAGUUUCAACGCGGCCGAACGAAACAUGGCAGUCGAAAUCGCAAAAUGCACAAGAUCGGAGGGGGUGGGUUGUCCAAGCGUCAAAAUUAAAAUCAAUACGUUUGUUGACUUCACUUGAAAU